AUGCUCGUUUCUGGAGAUGGAUCGAAUGAAGAAGGUGAUAGCACGACAGCUGCGCAAACUAAUCAGCUUUCAGAAAAUGUUCAAAGCACUACGGAAGGUGAUGCUGUGGCUGCCAGUAUCGCUGCAAAUCCUGGAUUAGGUGCUUCCACCACCAGAGUGACUCGAGUGGCUCGACGUGAAGGUCUUCCACCACUGGAUCUCCAGCCAUGUGCUCCAGCUCCUACUCAAGCACAGCAAGCAGACCGUAUCGUAGCAUUGCGAAAUCAGAUUCGAUACACCUUCGCUAUCCAGCCACAUAUCCUCGAAAGACACCUUAGGAAUAACAACUGGAAUGUGAUCGAAGCAGCCGAUGCAUUCUGGGAGGAAGAAGAGACCGCCCGAAACAGCAAUGUGCUUCCCCAAGAUUAUGACAUUCCCAUGGGUCGCACUGUUGAGACUUCUCGGCUGCGUGCAAGGACAGCACUACACCGACGUCUGAACACCGGCAGUCGAGACACCAAGUCCACUUCGCAGACUAAUUCUGCCAUUUUUGGCUUGUUGCAGCGUAAUCACUGGGUCCUGAGUGAUGCCGAAGAGGAUUACCGCGCAAAAAAAGGGAAUCUCGAUGACAUAAUCGAUGCUUACAGCAGCCUUCGGGCUCCAAGACCAUCUGCUAUGGAACAAGAUGCUCGUCUUGCGUCAUUUGUUUCCCUUACCUCCACUAACAGUAUUUAUGCUGCUCGACGUCACCUGCAACAACAUCGCUGGGACUAUGCACGUGCUGUCGAUGGCUGGAGGAGGAUGCGUGCCUUGCCAGAGGAUCGUGCACCAAAGCUGACAAACACCAAGGGGUUUGUCCAUGAAACCCAGCCAAACGAUGGCUUGCGAUACAACAACGCGAACCAUCCACCGUAUCCUUACUCGUACUGGAGGGAGGCACUUGAUGUACCAGAUGACGACGAGUCUUCUGGGCCCCCAUCAUCCACCGACGGCGCGUCCGACUCGUCUCUAAGUGAGAUCGAGGAUGAUAUGGACAAGCCGACCUCUGAGAAAUCGGAGCGCAAUGGCUAUCUCAUCGAGUACGACCCCAAGCCGGCCGUCCUGAACUGCCCAGAUCCAAGCAAGCUGCGAGUCGAGAUGAUCCGGAAAGGGGAUUACAAGAUGGUCAUCUUCAAGGGUCAAGAGGGGAGGGCCCGAAACUCCACAGAGCCAAACAGGAGAUUUCGCUGGCACGAUGAAGAACGCGAAGAUGGAGAAGUAUAUGUCGAGUUUGACUGGUCAAAUCCGGACCAUAUCCGCCAGCUUAACAAAUGGCGUCAACAAUUUCACCGCCGUCAGGCGCCCGUCACUAUCGGGCCGCAAGUUGUGCACUAUCAUCCUCUCGAGGAAGAGUUCUUAUGGCAGAAACAUGCUGAGCACGUGGAGGAAGAAGUCGGAAAAGGUCGUCUCGACCCCACUGACGGAUGUAGCUUUCCUCUCAUGGUUACCUGUGCCAGAAAGCAGAAAUGGGCUGACGCCUUGAACAAGAGAUUUGCUGGUCAGACAGACGUCGAUGGUGUCCACUUAUCAGAUGAGCCGCGUCCAUUCCGCCAUUUCACCUCAGUCGAUUCGGCCCGCUACCGAAUGCAAUCAAUUGUGAGGGACUUCGGCGUCGGUUUUGCCCAACGUCGUGGUAUCAGGCAUGGCCUAGACAAGAAAUGCAACACCGGUAAAAGGCUGAAGGCUGUUCACUUCGAAUCUGGAUCUGACGAGGAUGAUGAAGAUGACAUUGGUGAAAGCUCCGGCACGAACGAAGGUAACUACGAUAGAAGCAGUGACAGCGGUGCGGAAGCCGGCAAUGCAAAGAGGAAGAAGCACAACAAGGAUAACGACAGGGCAGAGGACCCGAAGAAAGCUCGCAGAGCUGGAUGUGAACCCGGUGAUGGCGGCUUAAACUAA